CAAUUAAUACCUCCCUCCUCCCACCUUCGACUUCCACUGCUCUCCCCUCUCCGGCUGUCUGCAACCUGACCUGGGCUUCAUCUCCUCCUCCUCCUCCCCCUCCUCUUACGGAGAAGGUCGUUGAACGUCUCCCACUUGCAUGUGUUGAGAAGGAAGUAGGAAGGAGGACGAAGCGCGGCAACAAUGGCAGGAGAUCAGCUCCAAGUCCUCAAUGCUCUGGAUGUCGCCAAGACGCAGUGGUACCACUUCACGGCCAUAGUCAUCGCCGGCAUGGGCUUCUUCACCGACGCCUACGACCUCUUCUGCAUCUCCCUCGUCACCAAGCUCCUCGGUCGCAUCUACUACUUCGACCCCAGCUCGGCGUCGCCCGGGACGCUCCCGCCCAACGUGGCUGCCGCUGUGAAUGGUGUCGCCUUCUGCGGCACCCUCACCGGCCAGCUCUUCUUUGGGUGGCUCGGUGAUAAGCUCGGCCGCAAGAAGGUCUACGGCAUGACCCUCAUGCUCAUGGUCAUCUGCUCCGUCGCCUCCGGCCUCUCCUUCGGCCACACCGCCAAGGGCGUCGUGGCCACGCUCUGCUUCUUCCGCUUCUGGCUCGGCUUUGGCAUCGGCGGCGACUACCCGCUUUCCGCCACCAUCAUGUCGGAGUACGCCAACAAGAAGACCCGCGGCGCGUUCAUCGCCGCCGUCUUCGCCAUGCAGGGCUUCGGCAUCCUCGCCGGCGGGAUCGUCGCCAUCGUGGUCUCUGCCGCUUUUAAGAACCACUUUGAUGCGCCGACCUACGCCGUUGACCCUGCCGGCUCCACCGUGCCGGAGGCCGACUACAUCUGGCGCAUCAUCCUCAUGCUCGGUGCGGCGCCGGCGGCCCUGACAUACUACUGGCGGAUGAAGAUGCCCGAGACCGCGCGAUACACCGCCCUGGUCGCCAAGAACGCGAAGCAGGCGGCCGCGGACAUGUCGAAGGUCCUCCAGGUGGAGAUCUUGGAGGAGCAGGAGAAGGUCGAGCAGCUGACCAUGAAGGAGGCCAACAGCUUCGGCCUCUUCUCCAGGGAGUUCGCCCGCCGGCACGGCGUCCACCUCGUCGGCACCACCACCACCUGGUUCCUCCUCGACAUCGCCUUCUACAGCCAGAAUCUCUUCCAGAAGGACAUCUUCAGCGCCAUCGGGUGGAUCCCCAAGGCGGCCACCAUGAACGCCAUCGAGGAGGUGUUCCGGAUCGCCCGGGCGCAGACGCUCAUCGCGCUCUGCGGCACCGUGCCGGGCUACUGGUUCACCGUCGCCUUCAUCGACACCAUGGGCCGGUUCGCCAUCCAGCUCAUGGGCUUCUUCUUCAUGACCGUGUUCAUGCUCGGCCUCGCCAUCCCCUACCAUCACUGGACCACCUCGGGCAACCACAUCGGCUUCGUCGUCAUGUACGGGUUCACCUUCUUCUUCGCCAACUUCGGGCCCAACAGCACCACCUUCAUCGUGCCGGCGGAGAUCUUCCCGGCGCGGCUGCGGUCCACAUGCCACGGCAUCUCGGCAGCCGCGGGCAAGGCCGGGGCCAUCGUGGGCGCCUUCGGAUUCCUGUACGCGGCGCAGAGCCGGGAUCCGACGAAGCGGGACAAGGGGUACCCUGCCGGCAUCGGCGUCCGCAACGCGCUCUUCGUGCUCGCGGCAUCCAAUCUUGUGGGCCUUAUCUUUACCUUCCUGGUGCCCGAGUCGAAGGGCAAAUCGCUGGAGGAAAUGUCCGGCGAGAACGAAGAGGAGCAGGACACCUCCUCCCCUGCUCCUUACGGCAGGACAGUCCCUGUUUAGCGUUAACCUCCGUCCUCGGUCGACCUGCGCUUCGUUAAGCACACCCCAAUCUGGUGAUCCAAUCUUGUGGUACUCUCAUACAUGUAUGCAAACAUAUUCAGUGGCAAAAAGGUUCUAUUGUUUGGAAUUAUGGACUUCAAUGGUAACAAUCGACGGAGGAAGAAGAAGAAGAAACAUGUAUUAAUGGUAUUGAUUCAACCUUUAAUGCUAUAAUCGAAUCCAUCACGAUGAA